ACUGGUUUGAACUUCAUCUAUGACUGGGACAGUGUGUGUUUUGUAGAGUAGAGAACGAACAUUUAUUUCAAUUGCAGCUAUUUUCUUAAAAUAAUCACUAAACUCAGACUUCCUUAAUCCGUAAAAGGCUUUGUAUCUAUGGCGUCAUAUCCUGUCAUCCGCACUUUCACUUCCGGAAGGUGGGGCUUUGUUGCAGCAGCGGUUUGUAUUCAGUCCAUCAAUACUUUGGAGAAAUCGAUCAAUGCAGCCGAUCAGAUAACAUCAGCCGAGGGCCGAAACCAUAAUCCUGCUUUGGUAAGGAUCUUGAUGUUUCUGUAAUAAUUCUUAGUAACAGAUUAUCGUAAUACUAAAGCUGUUUAAUGAAAGAGACUGAUGGACCAACAGACUAGAGCAUGGAAAACCAACUAAAGCAGGAGUCAAAGAAACAAGACUGCUGUUAUUAAAUAAGACCGAAGAGGCUUUUAUUCUCUAACAUGUUACAUUUGUGUGGAAUAACCGCGACAUCUGUGGCCGAGACUCUCGGUUAUUGAGGGUUUUAUUCUGGACAAAGUCAGCGUUAGUAGGAGAUUUAUCGGAACUUUGACUGAAGUCAUGUUUAUAACAGGGUUGUUGUCCGUUAUCUGGACUGAACUGCGUCAGUCUCGGUACCGAGUCCGCCGAGUUCUGCUGUAACGGUCACCGAACCGUCCGGCUGUAAAUGAGAAUAAAUCUUUAUUUAGUUUCUGAUCGAUAACUGAGAACAUGAUCAGGUUCUGUAGUUCAUUAGUGAGAGUAGAUUCCUCUUAAAUCUGGAGAUGACCCACCCGCAUGUGUUGAAGUUCUUCGAACCUUCUGACUGAACUUCAGCCCUUUUUGUUCUGGUGAGGAGGAGGGGAGGCUUCAUACUUGGACCUCACUCUGUGAUCAUACAGUCCUCUUUAAAUGUCCAUUUGAUCUCUUGGUCAAAACCAAAACCAUGUGUCUCCAAGUGUCCUAAGAUACCAGGCUCUGCUGCUCAUUUCCUCGUCCAGAACCUUCACAGUUAGUUCUGUGAUCAUUUAAGGAACCAGAAUCAGCUUUAUUGGCCAAGUAUGUGACACAUACAAGGAAAUGGACUCUGGUAGACUUUGCUCUCUGUGUACAAACAUUAAACAUGAGACAUUACACAAUUAUGAACAAGCUUAGACAUCGAACGUCUACAUACAGGACUGUGUGAGGCAGUAGAGAAAGGGGGAUAGUGCAUAGACUUUAUUUUAGAUUGUGUUUGUUUUACGCUGUUGUUUUAUUUACUGUUUUUAAUCUGUAAAGUGACCUUGGUUCACUGCGGUUCGGAUCACACAACAAUGACCACGGGGGAAGACUGACGUACAAAUGUUGUCAUCUUGGAGGAUUCAGUCCCAGACUGUAAAGAUAGGGGAUUAUUACUGGUUGCAGAAUUUGAUCUACAUAUCUCUCUCUCUGCCUCGAAUGAUGACAAGCCUGUUUUUCAAGUGAGGAGAUGUUGCUCCACACCAUCACACUGCCUCCACACAAAGAUGCUCCUCUAUCGGUGCAGCCAUCAGCGGAGCGUUCUCCACACUUGCUAGUGAAGGCAGUCAUAGCAGGCCUACAGGACCAGAGAUGGGCUGUGCAGUCUCUUCUGGAUUACCUGGGCGGAGAGCUGUUGGUCAUGUCAUCCUGCAAACCUUGGAUUUAUCUGAAGAGUCCCUUUUGGUUCAGGGAGAUUCCUGAGUGAAACGCCCCAGAAGUCUUUAUGUGUUGUCUUCAGUAAGAGCUGUUAGAAAGGAUAGUGAAGGACUAAAGGGGAAAUCUUUUGUACCACUUCACCAUAAAUCUGUAGGAGACAGCCUACGGGUUUACAGUGAAGGGGAUCCUUAGUGCUGACAGGGUGAGGUCCUCUUAGGAUAAUAAUACUAGGGCUCACUCCAAACAACGCCCCAACUUGGUUUUGUUGAACACCAGCUUAAAGUUACUGUAUCACAUGGACCCUAUCCAGAGCACUCAAAUAUGACACGCCUAUUCUUGGCGCAGUCAGACCCCCACUGACCACUGUAGCAGGGCCCGGGCUCACAGGGUACCAAAAGCCAACAAGAGUCAAUAGCAACAGCAGAAUGGGCAAAUAUGGCGCCAUUCAACAGGAGAAUAAACUGGCUUUUUAAGAGGAUAAGAUGCAGUUCCAAGUAACAUGGUCAUAACAUUUGUGUUUUCUAGGUUUAUUUACCUUAGAAAAUGAAAAUGAGGAUGUUUUGAAGAUAGUCGGUAGUUAGAGACGGGAUCAAGAAGAAGAAGUUCACUUGAAUUGAACUGGUCCUGGAGGAUUCGCUUUGAGUGAAUCUUUCAGUUACUCAGUUUUUCCUAGAGUCUUUCAGAACAGACCACUGUAGGGACGCCAACCAUACCAUUAUUUAUUUGAAAAAAAAAAAUUAACUCAAGUUAUUUUGAUUUUGAUUUAACCUUUUUUUUAACCAAACUAAAUACAGUCCAACUAAAGGCCUUACUUGGAUCAUCAUAGGGGUGUCACUUUACUCUUCAGGGGGUCAUUUUCAUCCUUUUUUAGACCAAUAAAAUUUUAGUUGCUGAAUUUUGGUAAAAUCCGGCGGAGAUGUUGUUUACUGCGUAAGACAAAUAGCAAACAUGUGACAUCAGCGGUGACUUAGUUUCUGUCUCUCUGAAACUGUCUGGAUGUUUAUCUCUGAUUCAUGUCAUACCAACCACAUUCUUCUCUCCAAGUAUUUCUACAAGACUCUACAUUUCUAAGUGAAGACUUCAGCGUGUUGACUCGUAUCAUAGAGGUGGCGUUGUUGUUGUUUAAUCAGCGUUCUAGCUGCUGAUGAUCCUGCAUGGGUUUGUGUUUGUAAAAAGGCCUGAGUCAGAAAAACAUCUGCUAAUGCUUUUGGCAUGUGGAGAAACAAGAGAACCAAGAACAGGAGCGUUCUUACUUUUAAACUGAUGAUGUGGAUCUGAUCAAGUCCAGGUCCUAUCAGCAGGAACUCGGUACGUUUCUUGUAUUCUGUUUUGUUCCACCAUUCGGGCAUGUAAACAAACAUUCUCCUAAGUUCUUCACUGGUGUGUAGCAUUUGAAGAAUCAGUCAAAGUUUUAUUUGUUUCACAGCGCCCCAAUAAUUAAACCAAGUAUUCCUGGAAAAGUGUAUGAGUGUGCAGAGGAGUUCCUGCAGACCAGCUGGCUUUAGUAUUCUGACAAAUGGAUGUCCUCAUGAUAGUCAUCCACCUCUGUACCACUGUAUACGGAUUAUAGACAGUCUGAGUUUGAUAUGCUGUUGGUGUAUUAGAGACAGAGACAUACAUUUUGUGAGAUCUAAUAAAAGUAAAGAGGCAGUGGAGCGAAAAAAUGUGCAAAUAUCACAUUAUUUUCAGGUGAAAUGUCUCUUUAAUUCUUCCACUUAAAUAAUCAUAAAACCUUCAAUCUUUUCCUGAAUAUUUAUGUAUCAAAGCAGCUUUGGGGCUUUUAUUUAUCCACACCCACUCUCAGUCUCAGUCUCAACACAGAUGGUUUUAGAUGAGUAAUUCGACUAGAACUGCUGAUGAGAGAAACAGCAACUCUGAGCUCAUGUCAUUCUCUGGUAUUUGGGGGAGGGGGGUUACUACAGAAAAGUCCCUGCCUUCCUCAUCAGAUGGGAAAUCCCCUGGACUCCACAGAGAGCUCCCUCAAGUUUUCUACAAGUACAGAAUCAUGAAUUUUCUUGCACACACUCAUUUGACUUCUUUCUUCUCACACUAACUCGAACUCUCAGUUUUCUGCCUCCUGGGCUGUCUUUGGGAAUGUGUACGGUCAUCUCCAGAGUCAGAGUAGUACGGAGACGUUCAGAUAGUUUGGUGUAUCAAAUAUUAUUUUUUAGGUUUUUCAAAUAAGCCAUGAAGCCAUAAUAAUAGAAGUGUGUCUGCUCUGUGUCAGCUGGAUUUAUGGUUUGAUAAUACAGACAUCUUUUUUCAUGAUGUGAUGAUUCUCUCCAGCACUGCUGUCAGGCUGCAUGAGGACACUUUUGUCUCUGUAGUAUUUGCAUCAUUUCAGCUUUAUUACCAAGUGUCAAACUUCCAGCACUUUCCUCUGAUGGAUGAAGACAUAAAAAUGUGUCAUUUAUAAUCUGAGCCCCGAGCAAACAGAAGAUUUCUGUAUUUGUUUGUUAUAAGAUCAUUUGCAUCAAAUUUGUUGAAUUUUCUAAGAGGUCCUGAUCGUCUACUCGGCUGAGUUUUGGUAUGCUCUCUUUCAGACAGUGUAAAGUGCAUAACUGUGCACACACACACACACACACACACACACACACACACACACACACACACACACACACUGUGAAUAUCCUUCCAUGAGAACUUUCACUGGCCCGGUCACUACUAACAAAGACAGGAAGAGCAGAGUUCAGGCCUGACUUCCUGGUAGAGGAGAGAAUGAACGUGAUGCCACAUCCUCAGCUGUCAAACUAACGGGACGGACACUUUAAUGCAGAGAACAUGUCACUCUCUGCCUUGAAACAAUGCAAGGAAACGCUGACACCCACUGCUGCUCAUUAAUGAGGACACCAUCUUCUGUUUCCACUGCAGCACCUUAUGGUAGAUAAUUGUUAGGAGCUUAAGGGUGAAGCGAACUAAAGACGAUCUUUGUCAGCCAAAAUUACACCCACUCAUCAACUAAUCCACUAGAUGAUGGAAAAAAGGACAAACAGAAAACUGUCCAUUAUCUCCAGAUCAGUUUUCUCAGUGAUAAUUUAGUUAAAGCUCUUUGUAGAACCAUAAAUGAUGAUGAUGUUUUUUCUGACUGUGUUGAAUAGGACUAAAAUGACUGAGAUGACUAGUGUUCUCCUGACCGUAUUUAUAACUGAAAAUAUAACCACCAGCUCGGCCUGAACAAAAUGACAUUUAGGAAAGAAUCAUGUGCAAAUGAAGCUCUUGUCUGACUUUCUACUACAUGAUAUGAUUGAUCAAAUGAAAAGAUUUUAGUUUAUAGCUACUGAAGUAUUUUUUUUAUUUUAUAAUCAAUGCCAUCUUAAGACAUUAUCACUCAGAAACGAAGGACAUCAGGUCUCCCUGCCUACCCUACAGAUAAUGGAGAAAGCACUUCUCUCCUGUUAAAGUAACACGCCAUCAUCUGAACUAUGACUCACUGACAUGUCGUCAGCCCCUAUCAGCCCUUCUACACAUGAAGCUGUAUGAUGAACUUUUAAACAAUGCCAUAAAUCAGGAGAGCGUUCCCACAAGUUUAAUGUCCUUUGGGGGGGACAGAGAUAUUGUCUGAGAUAAAUUAACAGUGGGAAACAAGGAGGAAGGAAAUAAGCUCUCUGCAUCCCCGAUGUGACAGCAUCAGUGUUUGACAGACAAAAAGCUUCGAUCCAAAGUCCCUGUGAAAACCUGCUCCGGUACUGAAGUUGUUCUUUGGUUCAUAUAUUUAGUUUGUCUUCUUUAAAAAGCAUAUUUAGUGGGUUUGUUGCCUUUUUCAGUAAAAACAUGAGAUCAGGUUGUUAAAACUGAAAAAGCUCCUCUCGAACAGCAGAGUGACUCAGGUUGACUUUCUCUCUGAUCUGAGACUCGAUCAUUUCUCUGCGGUGCUAGUUGAGGCGAGGCGGGAAUUUACUCUGCAGUCAAUUUUCACUCCUCAAGCUGUCUGACAGCGAAGGGAGUGUAGAAGUCAAGUCAAAGCAAUUAACUUUGAGCUCUCACUCUCCAAGAGUGAGGUCCAGAUGGUGAUAGAUGGUUAAUGAUGUCCACCUUUUUUAUGGAGGUUAGCUCAUGAUUCCUUUUCCUCAAACAGGCUGAAAUGCAGUCUUGCAUUGGAGAAGCUCUGCUUCAUUACUGCUGAUCUGCUGCGAUGACAUUUUGAUAGUGUACUUAAAAAAUCUUGGAAUCUUGAGAAGAUAAUUUUAUAUUUUAAUGUGAAGGGUGAGGGUGAGGGCCAGAACUUCUUGGCACAGCAAAUGAGCGUCACGGUGAGAGGCUGCUGAAUAAUGACGGCCAUCUGCUCCCACAUUCGUCCACUUCUCUCCUUACAUAUAGAAGUGAUUUACUCCUGAUGCUGAUAGUUGUCUGUUUUGUUUUUUUCCUUUAUAGGCGGAGUGUUCAGGAGCAGAGAGGUGCAGACGUGUGUGUGUGUGUGUGUGUGUAAGUGUGUGUAAGUGUGUGCGUAUGAAAGUGACACACAGAAGACUCCAGUGAUGGCUGCCAGUAAAAGUAAAAACCAGAGCUCUCUGGCGCUGCACAAGGUGAUCAUGGUGGGAAGUGGAGGCGUGGGGAAGUCGGCCCUCACACUGCAGUUCAUGUAUGAUGAGGUAAAUGAAAACAUCCGUAUAUAAAGAACUUCAAAGUGAAAUUGAUUCAAGAUGAGCAGAUAGCAGAUGGAGAAGUGGUUUUAACAGGAACCGCCCGUCACUCUUCACUUCUCCUUUUUUCUCUAAAUCCUCCAUCAUGACUUUUCUUUUCGAUUUGUCAAAGUCUGCAGUAAAGCUUGAAGCUGUAGUUCUCCUCUCAGUUAAAAUGUUGUUAGCUUUCAGUGUGUUUGGAAGUUUAAUGUGAGAUAGUCCAGAAAACAAAGCAGCUUUCACAAAGAAGAGGAAGAACAAUGAUGGAUCUGAGGUUCAGCAGCGGAUCUCUGCUCGGUAAUUUAGCGGCACAUCUGGACAUUGAGUUUCUAGAUCAGCGUUUUUGGUCCUCUUUUGUCUUGGCUGUUUUCUGACAGGGAGCCCUGCGCUGACACUUACUCUUACGCUGAUCCUUCCUCUUACCUGCACAUACUUUACAGAUGCUUCAUCCUUGUAAAUCUAAACUUGCCUCAUGGGUCUUUUUACUCCUAGUUUGUGGAGGACUACGAGCCUACCAAAGCAGACAGCUAUAGAAAGAAGGUGGUGCUGGACGGGGAGGAGGUCCAGAUAGACAUUCUGGAUACAGCCGGCCAGGAGGACUACGCUGCCAUCAGGGACAACUAUUUCCGUAGCGGCGAGGGCUUUUUGCUGGUCUUCUCCAUCACAGAGAACGAGUCCUUCACCGCCACGGUGGAGUUCAGGUACUCCAUGACGCUGACGUUUGUUUUUGUGCUUGUGAGGCUUUAAACAUCAACGUUGUUCAUCGCUGAGAAGAUAUCAGGCUGAAGAUGAUUCUCUCAGUCAGUAACACGAGUACCUACAGCUUAUGUUUGUCAUUUUGGAUUCAGACAGCAGAGGUCGUCUUCUACAGUAGUGAGAAAAUACAGAGAAGUCCAGAAACAUGUCAGCUUGAAAUGCUGAGAAGGUGUCAGAGGGGUGAACGUUUAGCUCAAAGUUUCUCUUUCAGGUAACAUAAAUCGAAGUAUAGAUUUGUUCGUAAAAGUCCUUUUAUUCUUCACCUGGGGGGCUUCUCACACAUUCAGAUUUAUGAACUGUCUGACUGUUGAGCCCGUUGUCUCUGCAAACAACUGCUAACUGUGCGUCCCACCAGACCACACAGUCACAGUAAAACACGCUUAGAUCACAAAAACAGUUUUUAAAUAUUGUGUGAUGCUGAUAUUUUGAUCAUUGGUUAUGUUGCUCAUGUUUACAGGGUUCCUACACAAGUAUAGAAAGUAUGGAAAUAAAUUUAGUGAAUUUCUGGGUGAUAAUAAGUUUUAUUUAGGCUUAUUCUUCACGCACACAAACUACAUCCAGACAAAGGCAGGUGAAGGUUUUUAUCACAGCGAUCAAAUCAAUGCUGCUAAAAUACUGAUGAAUGCCAGUUCGUCUGUAAAUUUUCAUCUGCAGGCGUCUGCACACAGAUCUGUUCUGCUGGUGUUUCAUGAAUGAGACUCAGUCUGUGUCACUGCUGAUCAGUUUCAGGCAGAGGAACAUGUAAAUGUCACAGCUGGAAAAGCUCAAAAUGAAAAGUCUCUGGAAGCAAAAUUAACUCAAGAAAAACUCUGAAUGUUUCCACUGACUUUGAUAUUUGAGUCUGAUUCUUAAACUCGGCUUCAUUGUUUGAUAGAGUCGGCUCCUUCAGCAGCUUAUUUCAGUGUCAGUUCUCCAGCUCCAGAUACACCAACAGUCAUACUUCUAAAAACACACGCUGUCGUUCUAACUUUACCAAACCAACCCACCUCUGCGCUCAGUCAGGGAAUCAGUGUUUGAUACAGUCAGUUCUGUCUGCUAUGAAACGGGAAUAAUCAAAUCCAUGAGUGACAGUCUCAUCAUGACUGACAUCUCCUCUUAUUCUUUAAAACUGUGAAGGUCACCAGGACUGUCGCACUUAUUUGAUAUAUGAUACCUGGUCGUUGGAUUAUGUUAUGUGCAUGUCUCCAAGAAACUCACUGAUAGAGAUAUAGAUGCUGAAAGUACCAGAACAGACUCUUUGUCCUGUUUGAAGGGAGCAGAUCUUGCGGGUGAAGGCAGAGGAAGAUAAGAUCCCUCUCCUACUGGUGGGGAACAAGUCGGACUUGGAGGAGCGGAGACAGGUGUCUGUGGAUGAGGCACGAAAAAAGGCCGAGGAGUGGGGGGUCCAAUAUGUGGAGACAUCUGCCAAGACCCGAGCCAACGUCGACAAGGUAUACAAACCCACACUCCAUACUCCAGAAAUUCAUACUCAAGAUCAUGACCUUAAACGGACGACUUUAUCACAACUCAUCCUUGUGUUCUCAGGUGUUCUUUGACUUGAUGCGUGAAGUGCGAGGCAAGAAAAUGUCUGAGAACAAAGAUAAAAACGGAAAAGGAAAGAACAAGAAGAACAAGAAGAGCUUCAAAGAAAGAUGCUGUUUGCUUUGAACCCGACACAGACCUGUACGGUGAAACAGAGCGGAGCGCCCGGGCCGCGGCGACUGGAUGUCUUUUUUUAUUUUAGCUUAGUAUUUAGAAGAAUCGCAGCCACUCUUUUUACCUUUUGAAAACCUGAGUUGAUGUUCGAUCGGAGGAGACCUGCUGUUGUGGCCGAUGCUCUAACUGCCUCUGACAUGAUGCUGCUCCAGCUCCUCUCCAGUGUGUAACUCAGCGAUUUUACUGCCUUUUACUUCCAUUGUUUAUACACAAGAGUGUUUGAAGUUUGACAAGUACAGUGCUCUUACUUUAUUUUUACUCUGAACGUGCAUCAUUGUCCGCUCCGACCCCUUAACCUUCAUCAGACACAGGGAGCUGGAAUGCUGCUGUCUGUCAUAUUUGUCAGCUUUUAUAACGACCUGUUGAUUGACAGUUUAUGAUACGAUAUCUAUUAAAACUGUGACCUUUUUUGAGCCCCUCGAGCUGCUGUUAUCUAGUUCAAGGUCAUUAAAGGACAUGAUUUCAUUUUUAGUUUAAGAAUCAGACAAUCAGUUCAGUCAGGGUGGUUAGAUUUACAUUUCUGUUAAUGAUAACAGCAAAUUAACGAUGAUAACUUUAACUUGAAGACAAAUGUGAAAAUCCAAACAUUUCACAGGGUAAUGAUAAAAUCUAAAAUCCUGAAUCUUACUCAGAAGAAAACCAGAAUUUAUGUUGAGGUCAUUUAUCAACUUCUCAAGUUCAUAAAGUCAAACUUGGGCGUUUUUUUAAGAGUGUGAAGAGGAAGUUGUAAUGUGGUAACUCGUCCUUCAUUGUUGUAAAUGAGCAGUUUUACAACGAUCAAAGGUCUGUGAGGUCUCCUGACUUCACAGCAGCUGACUUCAGCUUUAGUGGAACUGUUGAAUUUUGGAGUCUGGCUGUCUUACAAGUUUGGACAAUCCCAGGAGCCAUUUUGGUUUUUUCCAUGUUAUCAACAUUUAUUCAAGUCAUUAACAUGCACUACAUGACAGAGAGGUGGACUUCAUGAUUAAUGAGGCAACACUGGACUUUCUAAAACACUUGGUGCCAACAAAAGAUAAAGAGUCUGUGAGGUGAGGCUGUCUCUGUGAACGUCUCGAUGAAAUGCAGGGCUGCACUGAACUCGAUGUUAAAACCACUGCCUAACUGUCCUCGCAUUUUCUUCAACUUUCUGCCACCAUGAGUUGCUGCAGUAAGUGUGUUUAUGAAUAAAUAUUUUCCUCUUUGUAAA